AUGAGUCCUCCAACAAUGAUAGCCAUCCUCCUAGUUCUCCUCGCAUGCCUCUGGUCACUCAUCUCUGCCUCCUCAAAAUCAAAACACCAAAAACUACCACCCGGCCCUCGGCCACUUCCCAUAAUCGGAAACCUCCACAUGCUAGGCAACCUUCCCCAUCGAACUCUCCAAAACUUGGCCAAACAAUACGGAGACAUCAUGUCCCUUCGUCUAGGCAAUGUUCCUACCAUUGUUAUCUCCUCCCCAAAAGCCGCCGAGCUAUUCCUCAAAACUCAUGACACUAACUUCGCCAGCCGGCCAAAAAUCCAAGCCUCCGAGUACUUGGCCUACGGCACAAAGGGCCUGGCCUUUUCCGAAUAUGGUCCCUAUUGGCGCCAUGUGAGGAAGAUCUGCACGCUUCAGCUCUUCUGUCCUGCAAAACUGGAGGCUUUCGCGCCGCUGCGGAAGGAGGAGCUGGGAGGGCUGGUGGGAAAGCUGAAGAGAGCAGCAGAGGAAGGUGAGGUUGUGGAUAUUUAA